AUUGAUCGCCUGAGGCCCAAGGAAUCUAUCAAUAUGGGCAUAAGAUAAGACCGAAGAUGGUGAAUAAAACAAUACGGACAUAAAUACAAAAAAUAAAUAAAAGGAAAAUAUAAUUAAAAACAGAGGGCAUUAUUGUGAUUAUUCCAUCCACCUAAAAGCAAAAAUCUCAAAAAACGUAGGCUUUAAGUGAGAGAAAGAGAAGGAGGAGAGCAGAAGAUUACAGUUGUUUCGUCAUUUAAGAUUUCUUUUGCUCUUCCUAUUUCACCCUUCCCUCCUUCCUCUUAUUUGCACUCCUCACCACUCUCCGCCAUUGUCGUUUCGCCAUUCCCAGCUCCCAAGCUUCACCGAACACUUUUUGGACGCGCUGCGUUUAGAGCUGAGAAAGAAGAAGAACAAGAUAAGGCUUAUUUUGAUCCGCGAGGAGUAAAAUUUGAGGAGGUGAAAGAUGAAUCGGAGCUUUAGGGCUCAGCAAGAAACGGCAAUGCAAGCGGCGGUGUUGAAACAACGGCAACAAUUAAGAGCUUCGAUGAUGAAAGAGAAAGAAGAAGAGCUUGCAUUGUUUCUCGAGAUGCGAAAACGUGAGAAAGAACAGAGUGAUCUUCUUCUUAAUCACUCCUAUGAGGACUUCGACGCUCCAUUAGGAUCUAAACCUGGAACUUCACCGAUAUUUAAUCUUUCAGCAUCAACAACGACUCCGCCGAGAAAAGCGGCUGCCGCUGCCGAUGAUUUUCUUAAUUCUGAUGGUGAUAAAAAUGAUUAUGACUGGCUUUUAACACCUCCUGGUACUCCUCUUUUUCCUUCCUUGGAGAUGGAGUCACAGAAGACUGUAAUGAGUCAGAUUGGUACUCCCAAGGCUCGUCCAACUGCCCUGAAAUCUAGACUAGCAAAUCCCCAGCCUGAGUCUGCUGCUAGAGGCAACUUAGCACUGAAUCAACCGGCUCUAUCACCUGGAUUGAAUUCUACAGGGAUUCGGAGGCCAUCAUCAUCAGGGGGUCCAGGUUCAAGACCUGCAACACCCACUGGACGACCUACAUUGACUGGAUCUAAACCUACGAGAUCAUCAACACCAACAUCUCGGGCCACGUUACAGUCGACUAAACCCUCUAUUUCUGCAUCCAAGCCUGUAGCAAAACCUUUAACUUCGUCAACUAAGCCCACAGUUUCUGCAGCCAAGGCUCCAUCUCCUGCAACUAAGCCCACAGUUUCUGCAAGAUCCUCCACACCAACAAGGUCCACAGCUAGGUCUUCUACACCAACUGCAAGAUCUUCUAUACCUUCAUCCAAACCUGCAUCAAGAGCAGCUACACCAACUCGUCGACCAUCAACUCCAUCAAAUACUCCUAGUAUAUCUGCCCCUCCAAUUAAAUCAUCUUCUUCAGUUACAAAGCCAACUCCUGCAGCAUCCAGAAAUUCUGUACCAUCACGUGGUGCCUCACCGACUGUAGCAUCUAGACCAUGGAAGCCUUCUGAAAUGCCUGGUUUCUCACUUGAUGCUCCACCAAAUUUAAGAACAACACUCCCUGAUAGACCACUUUCGGCCACCAGAGGUAGGCCUGGAGCGCCAAGUGCUCGAUCUUCUUCUGUUGAACCAGGUGCCAUUGGUAGACCGAGACGACAGUCAUGCUCUCCUUCAAGAGGACGCCUCCCUAAUGGUGCGAUGCUGCAUUUAAGUGGUGGCUCUGUUCCUGCAGUAAGUCGUGGCUAUUCCAAAGCUAGUGACAAUGUGAGUCCUGUUGUUAUUGGAACAAAAAUGGUUGAGAGAGUGAUAAACAUGCGGAAAUUGGCACCACCCAAGCAAGAUGAUAAAAAUUCUCCUCAGGGUAACUCCUCUGGGAAGUCUGCUUCACCAGACAGUUCAGGCUUUGGAAGAACACUUUCAAAGAAAUCACUGGAUAUGGCUAUAAGGCAUAUGGAUAUAAGGCGAAGCAUUCCUGGAAAUUUACGGCCGUUGAUGACAAAUAUUCCAGCAUCAUCUAUGUACAGUGUGCGAUCAGGUCAUACACGAAGCAGAACAAUUAGUGUCUUGGAUUCCCCUCUUGCUACAAGCAGUAAUGGUAGUUCAGAGCUUAGUGUGAAUAAUAAUGGCCAUUGUUUUGAUGGGAGCGAAGUAGAAGAUGAUAUUGGCAGCGAGAGAGUUGGUCGAUCCCCUAGCCGUGUCCAUGCCAGGUGAUGGUCAGUGUGUACAACCAUGAGAAAUACCCAUACAUAUUGUUUAAAAUUCUACAAGAUUUAACAUUUGGAGGACGAAGGACGUAUCGAGAUCAUUAUUCUAAUAUCCAUGUAAAGCUAAUUAGAUUUGUUUACUGCUGUGUAAUUCACCAUCUUUUGUAUUAUUAGGUAAAGCCAGGUGGAUGGUAAAACAUGUUUCUUCCCCAAAUUCUACACGGUGAGUUGUUGUUGUGAAACUAGCUGCUUUGAAAUGGUGAAAAAGCUUUGUCAAUUGAAAACUAGAGUUCAGCGUAUUUACCUUAAUUCUUUUUUCCCAAUUGGAAUGAAUUUGUUUAUGACAUAAAA